AAGGAUCGGUGUUCACUGAACUUUUCAGCACAAAGAAGGAUGAAAAAUGCUCUGUGUAGUCAAGUAGCUUGAAACAAAUUUUAUAAACAUAGUGAGAUAGCAUUUAAUUUUUCCUUACUUCAGUUUUAUAUUCCUACAUUAUUAAUACAUAGCUGACAACAUCGUUUUUUCUUGUACUGAAUGCAUUUUCCAAAUUAGUAUAAAGUAUAAAGCAUUCAGGUUUUUGUAAUAGCAAAAAUGUUUCAUUCAUUUAGAAGGUGAAACAAUCAGAAUUAAAUCAGGGGUGAUGUGUGGGUGGUUUUGGUACCAUUUCUACUCAAAUUUGUCACUUGCAGCAACAGGUGAAGUUUUCCACGCCUGUCGUGUCACUUUCAGAGUUAACAGAAAACUCACAAGCAUCAGGGAGCACCAGAACUCACAGCUGUGGAAGGGCCCAGCACCUCUGCCCUUUCUUUUGAGUUCAGGCAUUGAGAUCUGCUACUGCAUUUCAUAAUUGCUAGGCUGAAGGCAGCUGAAAUAUACUGCUUCAUGGUGUGUGUUCAGGCUGUCAGAAGAACCUCAGACUUUGCAACUGUUGUGGCUGAUCCAAGAUCAGCCCCUUCUGGGUUUGUAGCCUGCCAGAAAUCUCCUGAGCCAAUAAAUCCGUGUUUCAGGGACUGUGGUGCCUGAGGAGCUUCCAGGCAAGGUAAAGCUGCUGAAGCUCAGAGCAUCCUGGAUACCUGCACUGGCUCACCCCAGGGAAGGCACAAGUAACUUACCCUGAGCUAGGCAAAGAAAACAGCAGUGAGAACGCUGCCAUUCCUGAUCAGGGAGAGAAGGCUUGUCUUCACUGUAAGAAUGGACAUCCAUGAAUCAGAACUGCCCCCUUCCUUUCCUUCCCUAGCCACUCCAACUGUUUAACUUCCAGAGGCUACCUCCAUAAACAAAAAUAUGGGCACCAGACCCUCUGAUGACAUCCAGCAUCCCUGGAAAUGUUACCCCAUCCCUGAAAGCAUCCAAGGUCAGGUUGGUUGCAGCCCUGAGAAACCUGAGUUAGUGGGUGGCCUCCCUGCCCGUGGCAGGGGGUUGGAAGUAGAUGAUCUUUAAAUUUCACUCCAACCAUUCUAUCCUUCUAUAAUUCUGUGAUCCAUUUGGGAUGGCCAUCAAAGGGGAUUCUGCAGGACUCAAAACCAUGGAAAAAAGCCUAUCCAGUGUCAUAUGUCCUCAGAUUUGGCCAGAACAUUUUGGAAGGAAUUUAGUGAAGUUUGAAUGUACCAGACAGGGAGGAAUGUUAGAUUUCACUUUCAAGUUUCUGUGGGCAUCGAAUUACUGGAAGAGAAAUAGUACUAGUGAUUAUUUAUCAACAAAGGUCAGCAGGAACUGCAUCUCAGUCCUGAGGUGAUUACAAAGAGACGGGUAGGGACAGAGGUAACUCUUCUGUGUUUCUAUGUUACAUUUCAGCAUUAAAAGCUAUAUAAAGUGGCAAUACAUUUUUAGCAGAAAACCUGACCAGCUGUAUAAUUGAUUCUAUCCUUUGUAUCACAAUGAAAAAGUCUAUUUCAACAGUUUAUAUGUAUUUGAGGUAUGAAAUGUCAUAUGAAAAAAUGGUAGAAGCAUACUUGAAACAAAACUGGGGUCAUGAUUAAAUGGUUAACUUAUUUCCCAAAUGAAUGAAAGGAAACGGGGUGCUGCAACCUUUUGCUCUCACUUCCUCAUGAGAAGACGCAGAGGCUGUCCCAGAGAGAGCGGGGCUGUUGUGCACACACAUCUCAGGCAGCCAUGGGGAACUGGGUGGAGAAUGAAGGACUGUCCAUCUUCGUCGUUCUUGUGUGGCUGGGUUUAAAUGUCUUCCUCUUUUGGUGGUACUAUCUUGUGUAUGAUGUCCCACCAAAAUUCUUCUACACCAGAGUGCUUCUUGGCCGUGCUCUGGCUCUUGCAAGAGCCCCUGCAGCCUGCCUGAAUUUCAAUUGCAUGCUGAUUCUGCUGCCAGUAUGUCGAAACCUGCUCUCCUUCCUCAGAGGAUCAAGUGCGUGCUGCUCUACCCGCAUCAGACGACAGCUGGACAGAAACCUCACCUUUCACAAAAUGGUGGCCUGGAUGAUUGCCCUUCACACUGCAAUUCACACCAUUGCACACUUAUUCAACGUUGAGUGGAGUGUGCAAGCCCGUGUUGAGGAGAAAGGCACUCUGGCAGCUGUGCUUUCUGGCCUUGGAGACAAACCAAAUGAAAGCUAUGUCAACUUUUUCAGACAAACCAUUGCGAAUCCCAUUGGGGGCCUCUAUGUUGCCUUCACAUACUUGGCUGGCAUCACUGGGGUUGUCAUCACACUGGCCCUCAUCCUCAUCAUCACCUCAUCCACCAAAACCAUCCGGAGAUCAUACUUUGAACUAUUUUGGUACACCCACCAUCUCUUUGUCAUCUUCUUUAUUGGCCUUGUCAUCCAUGGUGCUGGUCGUAUCGUACGGGGACAGACCGCUGAAAGUCUGGCUGAACAUAACCCGGAGAUUUGCUACAAGAACUUCAGUCACUGGGGCAAGAACAAGGCUUGCCCAAUCCCCCAGUUUUCAGGGAAUCCUCCUAUGACAUGGAAGUGGGUGGUAGGUCCCAUGUUUCUGUACCUGUGUGAGCGGCUGGUGCGGUUUUGGAGGUCACAGCAGAAGGUUGUUAUCACAAAGGUGGUCAUUCAUCCCUUCAAGACAAUUGAGCUCCAGAUGAUGAAAAAAGGCUUCAAGAUGGAGGUUGGACAAUACAUUUUUGUCAAAUGUCCAGCAGUGUCUAAACUGGAAUGGCAUCCAUUUACACUGACUUCUGCUCCAGAGGAGGAUUACUUCAGCAUUCACGUCCGUAUCGUAGGAGACUGGACAGAGGGCUUGUUCAAUGCCUGUGGGUGUGAUAAACAAGAAUUCCAGGAGGCAUGGAAGUUGCCCAAGAUAGCUGUGGACGGCCCCUUUGGAACAGCGAGUGAGGAUGUGUUCAGUUAUGAAACUGUGAUGCUGGUUGGAGCUGGAAUAGGGGUCACCCCCUUUGCAUCUGUCCUCAAGUCUGUCUGGUACAAAUACUGCCAUGACGCCACCAACCUAAAGCUCAAGAAGAUUUAUUUUUACUGGCUUUGCAGGGACACUCAUGCCUUUGAAUGGUUUGCUGACCUCUUGCAAUCUCUGGAGGCUCAAAUGCAGGAGAGGAAUAACGCAGAGUUUCUGAGCUAUAACAUCUACCUUACAGGCUGGGAUGAAACUCAGGCCACUCACUUUGUAGUGCACCAUGAAGAAGAGAAAGAUGUGAUUACAGGACUGAAACAGAAAACCUUGUAUGGAAGACCUAACUGGGAAAAUGAAUUCAAAACGAUUGCGGGGAAGCAUCCUGGCUCCAGAAUAGGUGUUUUUCUCUGUGGCCCCGAGGGCUUGGCUGACACACUCAACAAGCAGAGCAUCAGUAACUCAGAAGCUGAUCCACGAGGAGUACACUUCAUUUUUAACAAAGAAAAUUUCUAAUUCCCAAGCAUGUGGGAGUCAUUAAAUGCAAAGUCUAAAGACCAAGUCUGUUUCUCUGUUUGGAGUCUGGGAAAGACAGCCCAGCUUCUAAAUUUCAGCUACACUAAUGCAGUUCCCUUUGCUUCUUGGGAAUUAUUUGGGCUCUGUGGUAGAGUAAAAGAGUUAAGUUUUACCUUAGGGAAGUUUUCACUGCCCUCCAUGUGCUGGUUAUUUAGCAGAAAUCUGUUUUCUUUGUCUGUGUGAGGGGAUUUCCCCCUCAAUUAACUGCCUUUAUCCUCCUAUUAUUUUGACUGCUGAAGAGUGGAGGCUGCUAUUUGUUUUGGGAGCCAAUUUGCACUCAUAAAGCUUAGUGCUAUUAAACUAUAAAGCAUUCUAGCAUAAUGCUUGUAUUAGGAAGCAGCUUAUCCUGACUGCAGCCAGUCCCUGGAACAAGGGGAGCUGGAAAAGUUAGUUCCUUAGGAGAGGAAAACUCCUUUGCUCACCAACACCUUCCAGGCUUCCAAGAUAAGCCUUAAACAUCCUCUCCAAGAGACAUCACAUGCAGCUGAAAAGAAGCUGCUUCUCCUCAGGGAAGUGAAGAAGUGAAAAGGAACCACCUGGGCUUCUGAGAGCCACCCCAGCUGCCAAGGGAUGACAAGGACUGGUCCAAUCCAAGUCCCACCCCUGACGCGUGAGUCACUGCUCGGCUGCUUUGAGCACCCCUGCUUUCACAUCUUCAGCCUCACAGGGCAUGGAUCCACACCAGAAGAGGUUUUAUGUUUUCAAGACUGCCAUUUCUGGUUCAGAAGGCUGAGAAAAGUUGUUGCUGAAUGAUUUAAUGGGUACUUUCUGAAGCACUCUUAGAUGCAAACAGUGCCUUUGGCCCUAUUGCUCAGCUGUUCCUCUGUGAUGGUGGAACAGGCUUUGAGAAAGCAAUGGUCACUUUAUUCACAGUUAUGGAAUAGCUGUGAGUAAAGUUUCUGAUGUGCACAAGACUACCAUAGCACAGUGCCUCUGUGUGGACACUACAGGUAGCAGGCUCUUAAAAAACACACAAAACUUUUAAUGCUGGCAAGAGAGGAAAAAAAGUGAAGCCAACACCAUAGGAAAAAUAAUUUAAAAAACAAGUGUAAAAACCCUUGAAAAGCCACAGUUUAGUAUACCACAUCUUUUUAUCAUCCUGGUUGCCUGCUUAGUGACUUUUAAACUCCACAGCUGUCUCCUGCACAGCACAGGACCUUCCUGACAGGUUCUUGCAGCUAGAGAAGAAAGCUGUGAUCUCCUUCUGCAAUUUCAGACAACUUUGUGCAGCCAUCUGGUUGCAUGUAGCAUAUUUUACACUUUAUCUUGCCAGACAGGAUAUGUGUUCUCCCUUUACAACAUUUUAAAAUGUUAUCCAGGCUCUGAAUGCUAUUUUAGAAAGACAGCCUACCAGCUCCUAUUUAUUAAUAUCAGUUAUCAAGGAGUGUUGGCAAAGAUCAACUCUUGGUGGGGAAUUUUACAGUUCUUUCCCUCAGAAGGGCCAUAUUCAAAUCCACAUAAUUCUGUGUGAAACACACCAAUUAAAUCAUAAUAGAACAUUAAUAAUGCCAAAGGAACUUCUUUUGUGGAGUAAAUAUUGCUACUGUAACCAAUGAGACCCAAUGAGGGUCUCAUCCUGUGCAAAGAGCACUGAAAUAUUUGCCCUUGAUUUUAAUGGAAAUGUGAUCAGGCUUUUAUAAUCUUAUAAAGUGGGCAAAGAGGAAUUGCAAGGGGUGGAGAUAUGGAGACAGCAUAUUUUUCAUGAGAAGAGUCAUGGUGGGGUGUAUUCUAAUUCACCAUUAAUAUUCUAUAUAUUGCCAUGUUUUUCUUAAAACAUCAUGGAUCUUUCCUUACUCAGUCAGUUGCAGUGGCAUUCUCUGACCAGAUGCACACUUGUAUCAGGGCUUAUUUGUCACCUUGAAAUCAGAAAUAGUAAUUCUGUGUUUAUUAAUAAAUCAUUGUCUUCCUAAAACAUACAAAAGAAAAA